AUGUCCUUCUUGUACAACAUUUAUUACCGCUUCAACCCAUGGCCUCAUAGAACCUACAAUGAGGAGCUUUCUAAUGAGUUGCCUGCUCUCCCAGUCAACAGAUUGAUUCAAAAGUACAGUCAAUACACUUUCUUGGGAACCAAGAAGAAUUUGCCAGAUCCAAGAUUCCCAUCCAACAAUGCUGACUUCUACAAGAAGUGUUAUUUGAACUUCUCAGUCUGGAGAAAGUGUUUGGCUGAUCAUGCCGCUGAUGGUGUUGAUAAGGAGGAUCCAAACGCUCAAAUUUGCAAGAGAUACGAGCAAUUGGCUAGAUUUUCAUGCCCAAUGACUGACUAUGAAAAUUUGCUUAACCAAGUCGAGAAGGAUGGCUUUGUGGCCAUGCUCGGAUUCCAACCAAAAUAUGAGGGCUCAUCACCAUCAGUUUUGAGGGUAGACCAUCACAACAAGGUCGUCAAGGUUCUUCACUCCUCUAAGAGCAACCCAUAUGCUGAAGGAGACACCUAUUCAAGAAUUAGACAAUACUACUUCUACAAGUAA